AUGGUGUCUUCAGUGUUUGUCUUCAGGCUUCUGUGUCUGUUCUUGGGAAAAAUGGUUCAGAUGACAGAGUCGCAAAUGUUCCAAAUGUUCUCAUCUGUUCAUCCAGAGUCUCGUUUCAUAUCAGCUCAAGUUGGUGGAAACCUGACAUUAAAAUGUUUCCAUGAUGGUGACAGGUCUGCAAGACUUUACUGGUUUAAGCAAAAUCUGGGACAAAAACCAAAGAUCAUCUCUCACUUUUUCAAAUAUAAUGUGAACAACUCGUCUAAUGAAGAGCUCAAGAACAACCCACGCUUCACACUGGAAACACAAGACGGCAAAUAUCACUUGACGAUCAAAGAUUUGCAAGUUUCAGACUCAGCUACUUACUACUGUGUUUACUAUUUAUACACUUUAACCUUUUUAGAAAACAUCAUCGUCAGUGUAAAAGGUUCAGGUGUGAACAUCAAAGCUGUGGUCCAGCAGUCAGCAUCUGAGACCAUCCAGCCAGGAGGCUCCGUGACCCUGAACUGUACAGUACACACUGGGACCUGUGAUGGAGAGCAGAGUGUUUACUGGUUCAAAGACUCAGACGAAUCCCAUCCUGGACUCAUUUACACACAUUUGGGCAGAAACGAUCAGUGUGAUAACAAACCCAGCACACAAACGCACACCUGUGUCUACAGCUUGCCAAUGAGUAACCUGAGUGUUUCUCAUGCUGGGACCUACUACUGUGCUGUUACCUCUUGUGGACGCAUACUAUUUGGAAAUGGGACCAAGCUGGAGCCUAAAGGCACGUUUAAUUCUCAGGGCUUGGUGUAUUUCUUGAGCGGAGCUUUGACAUUCAGCUCCAUCCUCAGUGUUUUACUGGGAUACUUGCUGUACAAGACAAACAAAAGAAACAGACACCAAUCGACAGAAUCUCAAGCAAGACUUUCAGGCCCCGCAACAAGUUCGGAGGGUUUCCAGCAUGCUGACAGCCUUCAUUAUGCUGCUUUAAGCAUUAAAAUCCCCAAGAGAUCAAGAACGCAGAGAAACGACACAGACAAUGAAUGUGUUUACUCUGCUAUAAACAAAUAAA